UGUGCAUCUCAUAUUUCAAAGUUAAUUCCCUCAGAGCUGCUUGGACAAGCUCGUGAAAUCUCAGCAGAUUCUACUGGGGGCUUCUGAAAUGAGUCUUGCAUGAAGAAAAGUUCUGGAGAACUUGAAAGCUUGCAUACUAUUUAGUGAACUGAAGUUGUCGUAAUAAAGAAGCCAUGCCGAAAAAAGUAGCCAUUGUUGGAGCAGGCGUGAGUGGACUGACCUCCGUCAAGUGCUGCCUGGAAGAGGGGCUGGAGCCAACCUGCUUUGAGCAAAGCGAUGACAUAGGGGGGCUGUGGAGAUUCACAGAGUAUGUUGAAGACGGAAGACCCAGUGUGUACAAGUCAAUGGUCAGUAACAGCUCUAAGGAGAUGUCUGCAUUCACAGAUUUUCCAUUCCCAGAAAAUUUUCCAGCCUUUUUAUCCCAUGACCAACUCCUGGAAUAUCUGAGGAUGUAUACAAAACAUUUUGAUCUCCAGAAAUACAUUCAAUUAAAGACAAAAGUGAUCAGCAUAAAGAAGGGUCCUGAUUUUUCUACCACUGGCCAGUGGGAUGUGGUUACAGAGGCCAAUGGAAAGCAGAAGUCAACCAUUUUUGAUGCUGUGAUGGUUUGUGUUGGUUGCCUUACUGAGCCUUCAUUGCCACUCAACAGUUACCCAGGCCUAGAAAAGUUUAACGGUCACUAUUUUCACAGCCGGGAAUACAAAAACUCAGAGGUAUUCAGGGAUAAAAAAGUGCUUGUGAUUGGCAUGGGGAAUUCUGGAGUUGAUAUUGCAGUGGAAGCCACUCAAACAGCAAAAAAGGUGAUGAUCAGCACAGAAAGAGGUGCUUGGGUAAUAAGCCGUGUUUUUGAUAAUGGCUACCCCUGGGACAUGGUGUUCCUAUCUCGUUUUAUGAAUAUUAUCCGAAAUAGCCUUCCUGGACAUAUCACAACAGCGUUGAUUGCAAACAGAGUGAGCCAGUGGUUUAACCAUGCAAACUAUGGCUUAAUUCCCCAAGACAGGAGUGUGAUGAGAGAGCCUAUAUUAAACGAUGCACUUCCUCCAUGCAUUCUCACUGGAAAGAUCUCUAUUAUGCCUGCAGUGAAAGAGUUCAAAGAGAAUGCUGUUGUAUUUGUAAAUGCUCCCACUGCAGAGGAAGUAGAUAUUGUUGUCUUUGCCACUGGAUACAAAGCUUCUUUUCCUUUCAUUGAUGAAUCAAUCCUCAAGGUUGAAAACCGUCAUGCUUCCUUGUACAAAUACAUCUUUCUUCCUCAACUAGAGAAACCAACACUAGCCAUUGUCGGCUUCAUCAAACCCUUUGGUGCAAUCAUGCCGGUUGUUGAAAUCCAAGCACGCUGGGUCACACGUGUCUUUAAUGGUUUGUGUAAAUUGCCUCCAGUGAAAACCAUGAUGGCAGAAAUCAAUGAAAAGAAAAAAAACAAAGUCAACUGGUUUGGCCUGUCCUUUGAUGAAGUUCUGAAAAUAGAUUGCCUUGUGUACUGUGAUGAACUUGCUUCCUUUAUGGGUAUAAAACCUAGUGUGCCAGCUCUACUUCUCAAAGAUCCCAUACUAGCAAUGAAGAUUUUCUUUGGCCCCUGCUCUCCCUACCAGUUCCGUCUGACUGGACCAGGAAAGUGGGAUGGAGCCAGAAACGCAAUCCUGAACCAGUGGGAACGAGUCGUGAAACCUUUAAGAACUCGAGUUGUGGAAGAUUCUGUGAAUUGGUUCUCUUACCUAUUGAAAAUGUUUGCCAUAUUUGUUAUCUUUGUUGGAAUUUACCUUACUUUCAAUUAGUUUUUGCAGAUCACUUUGGGAGAGCCAGGUUCCAAUUUCUCCUUCAAAAAGCGUGUGCUACUCCAGGCCCUCAGGCACCUCCACAAAAAAGUUUUGAGGGCAAUCCUCAAAGUUCUCCAGAAGUUACUACAAAAUGUUAACUUUGGAUGAGAUUAUUAUAUUACAUUAUUACAUGACUGGAUAGUAAUCACAUUAAUUAUAUUUAAUUUUAAUUAAUGGUAAAAGAAGACAUAAAUGUUGACCUGAUCCAGUUCACUACUUUUUGAAGUGCACCCUUGUCAUGACACCAAAAAGCCAUUAUCUGGCCCUCAGCUUUAGCCAUGACGUUUUCUUGUUCUUGUCAGUCAUUCAGUUAACAUAAAUACUUAAAACUGCUGCUAGAAUAUAUAAAAGUCUUAACUAAUUGAUCUUUCUGUGGCCAGAAAAGUAGGGCAUGAUUAAAGUUCCUGUUCUCCAAAAGCCAGUAUUGAGAGCUAUUGUGAUAGUACUUAUUGAUAGAUUUACUUUUCACAAGUGUUUCUAAUCCCCUUCAAAAUUAUUCAAAUGGAUCAUGCAACACUCUAUAUUGUGGAAGCAAAUUUCAUAAUUUAUGUGAAGGAUACCUCUCUUCUUUCUAAAAGCAAAGCAGCUACACUGCUUUGCUUUACAUUGAUCCCAGCCUCUCUCAUCAGGCAAUUCUAGUGGCUGAAAGAGGCUCCUAUGCUUAUGCAGGAAUCUCUUCCUGCCUGUCAGCCCUUCAAGGUAGUCCAAGCAGGAAACCAAAACCAUGAGUACUAAUGCUACCUUCAUUGUAAGAUUACAGUAACAGAAUCUUGCACUUCCCCCUUCCCCUUCGUUUUAUUUUCCAGAGAACUAAGGAGGGUCCCUUCUGAGACACUUUCCCCAUCCUCAUCCCUCCUUUGGAUUCAGAUUUCUCUAAUCAGACUAUUGUCAAGGCUGUGACUCUUCCUCCUGUCUCCCAAGGUUAUUCUCACAGACCAUUACAUUGCCCUUCUAGUCAGCACCUGGAAGCAUCAGAGGUUUUGGUGCAUUUGCAGAGCACAUAUGUACUACUGGAACUGUGAGAUGAAGUUUCAGAUCAGUGUGAAACACUCUGAUGUGAAUUACUGUCAUGUCAAUUUGGCAUCCAAGGGCAAACUUAGCCAUUUCACAAAGGUCAGUAACUAUAGUAGUUAAUGGCUUGAAUUUACCUUUACCCUUCCUCCCUCUGCUACCUGCGUGUCAUGUCUUGUAAUUCUGGAUCUUCUAAGCAUUGACCUUCAACUUCUCUUUUAUGAAUUUAUUGGUACCCUCAUGGUUUUAGAUGGAUUAGGGUUUUGAGAAGAGAAGUAUAAAUCAGAUGUAAAAAUGGCAAUUUCCACUUAAUAUAAGAACAUAAGAGCUCUGUCAGAUCAGGCUGUAGACUCAUCUAGUACAGCUUUGUGUGUCACACAGUGGCCAACUGGAUGCAUCUGGAAAGCUAAAAAGUUAACAUCCAAAGGGGCUCCAAACCAACCUAUCUGGGAUACAAAGAGAUGUCAGAGCUCCAUGCCAGUGUUAUAGAUUUAAGCCAUGAUCAACCUUGUUUUCAUUUGGAAGGCUCCCACGCAGGAAUGAUCUUUUUUUUCCCAGAAUUUCUGGCCAAUAGCUGCACAAACCCACCACUUAUAAGGUGCCUUGUUUUGACUGAUCUUGCAGAUGCAAAAUUAUAAGAGAGCCAAGCUGAGAGAUUUGUUUGAAUGUUGCCUUCAUUUCCAUUUUGUUUUAAUGAACUUAAUUAAGUUUCUAUUUACAGAGCUCAUUAGAGAACAAGUGUUUAAAGAAAGUUAGUUACGUGACUGAAAAUGUACUAACCAAGUCAGCCUCUCCAACCUAUUACUCUCCAGAUGUUUUAGACCAUACCCUAAACCAUCUUCAUGUGGCUAGAAGCAAGGGAUCUGAAUCAUUUAGCAUUCUUGGUUGUGGUAUUUUCCUAGUUUAUUUUAACUCGUUUACUUACUAACGUGCUAUUUACAAAUGAAGAAACUGGUUUAAUAUCUUUGGCUACCAUACACAUAUGAUUCUAUUUCUAUUCCUACUGCAAAUGUUUGCCACACCAGGACAUUAAUUUACUCUGUAAGACUGCCUUUUAAAAUCAUGGAAACACAUUAAGAAUAUAAGAUGACUCAGAACCUUGCUUUCAGCAUUGCUGAACCUGAUCCCUUUGGAAGGCUCCCAUGUGGGAUGUAAAAGCAAUAUGAUUCCUUAACCUGGCAACUGACCUUGGAGGUUUCAUUUGACUAUGAUAAUUUAUAGAUAUUGAUAUAUGCAAUUUUGUACCAUAAUUCUCACAAGUCUCAGUCACCAAUGGUCAGACAUAAUGGGAACUAUAAUCCAAAAAAUUGUGAAACUUCACAAGACCUCAGUCUGAACUUGGCAAAAAGGUCAGGAUAUGGAUCGCUUAUCUGAAGUUUCAUAGUCUUAUCUUAGAUAAGCUCAUGUUCGUGAUAUCAGUGAUAGAACCUAACCUUGUCUUCUAAAACCUCUUUUUCUAUUUCCUUUCAUGUUUACCAUACAUUGGGUCUUCUCCAAAGAACUUUGCUUGCACUGUGUCCAAAAUAUUUACUGUAAACUUUAGCUUCAUUAUCUGUGCUUGCAGUGAGCAGUAUGGUUUUACUUCAUUUGGUAUUGAAUGACUUAUGCUUGUUACAGUCCAAGGUAGUCUCAAAAACUUUCUCCAGUGCCACACUUCAAAGGCAUUGAGCCAUUAGCCUUUUUGAUGGUUAUAUGUUAAGCUGGUAAGACCAUGGCCUUGACAAUAUGUACUUUCACUGUCAAGAUAUUACACUUUUAAUAAGCAAAUUGCAUUUUAAACACUUUAAAUCAUGUCAUAUUAAAUAUGUUUAACUUUAAAUACCAUUGCAUAAUAAUUAGCAAAGAUUUUCUGUUUGUAUGCUCAGUAAUAGUUACAGUAUGGAAAAGAUGGCAAAUUUCAAAAUGGAAAAAAAAAAGUUACAACCUAUUUUGCUUUAUAGCCUUUUUUAUAGUUAUAUGUUAAAAUUUGUAAGGCCAUGACCUUGAUAUGUACCUUUGCUGUCAGAUAUACUAUGUUUUAAUAAGCAAAUUGUACUAUAAACACUUUAAAUAAUUUCAUAUUAAUUACAUUAGCAACAUCAAACAUCAUUGCAUAACAAUUAGCAAAGAUUUUCUAUUUGUAUUCACAAUAACAGUUAUAGAAUGGGAAAGAUGGCAAGUUUCAAAAGGAAAAGAAUGUUACAACAGAUUUUGCUUCAUAUUCAAAGGAAUUAUACAUGCUUACAUGUU